AGUGAUAGAAUAUGACAGAAGUGCCCAAGUUUGUGAAUGAAUUAAUAAACUUGACUAUAUUUACUAACCUGGAUGGUAUUGUGGAUGUCUGGGAAACACCUAAUAUGAUGUCGGGACACAUACUAUUUUUUACGGUCAAUGGACAGCCCUAUUACUGCUUUCAGCGCCUGUUUAGAGCCCUCAACGAUAUGUGUAAAUCUGCGGACAAAUUGACACCAUUUCUGAGUAAGUGCUUCGAUGGCCUACCGGUGCCUCCAGUGCCCAGCGAUUCAACCUAUACCCCAACCCCAGCACCAGUUCCCGACCCCACCAUAGUAUACGUAUUGAUAAGUACAGUCAUUGUCCUAUUGGUAUGUAUCAUGGUGAUCGUCGGAUUCAUAACCUACCAGUGCUGUCACCACCGUAAAGGAAGUACGAGUCACCCGAGCCCCGGCACCGAUAACGAAAAGACAGUUAAAUUGAAUAGUUUCUCAUCGGUCGACACCAAUGUAUUAAUGGAUAACAGGCCUAAAAGGGUGUUACGCACCGGUAGUACCGAUUUGUCGCCUGUUUGUGACCAACAUUACCAGAAACUGAUCAUUGAAUUGAGGACCAGACAGUCAAAGUCGUCCGAAAAUAUAACGAAAUACAUAAUAGGCCUGUCAGUCAGCGAUGGAAAUUUAUCUACCAUUCCCUCAUACAAUCCGGCAGUUUUGGACAUUAAGGGUAUUGAUUGCGAUGAGGUGUCCGUGACUAACGUUAGCCGACUGUCCACUAAGGCUAACAUUCCGGUCAACAGUAGGAUCAACAGAGUUCUGGACAAUGGUCUCAAAGUUACCACUGUAUAGGUGUAUCACUUUUACUACCGGUGCCUAACUUUAUUAAUUGUCACUUAAUUUAUGAUUAAGCAAUCAUUAACUGUAUAAAUAUGAAAACUGUUAUUAUAAGCUACCGGCGCUGUAUGAAU